AUGAGUCAGCAAAUCCCUGACUUCAAUCUUACUCGGUUUUGGGAAAUAGAGGAAUUAUCUAAUCCUAAAGAUUUGUCCCCUGAAGAAAGGUUGUGUGAAAAUCAUUAUUUAUCUCACACUACAAGGGACUCAUCUGGCCGAUAUGUAGUUCGAUUGCCUUUUAAUAGCAAUCAAUCAAAGCUAGGUGAUUCUUAUACCUCAGCUUCUCGCCGUUUCCACUCGCUGGAGAAACGGCUUAUUCGAGACAAAACAAUGUCCGCUGAUUAUAUUGCAUUUUUGGAUGAAUACAUCGAUUUAAAGCAUAUGUCUAUCGCAGAUAGCGCAUGCGAUUCAGCGCAGGGAUUCUAUCUCCCGCAUCAUGCUGUUAUAAAGCAAGAUAGUAUUACCACGAAAACUCGAGUGGUUUUUGACGGUUCCGCCAAAACCUCAAGCGGAAUUUCCCUGAACGAUACCCUGAUGGUGGGUCCAAAACUACAAGAUGACUUAUUUAUUAUUCUUACUCGCUAUCGCUCAUAUAUUUUCGUCCUCACAGCCGAUAUCGAAAAAAUGUAUCGUCAAAUUUUAGUGCAUCCAGAGGACAGAAAGUACCAGAAAAUAUUAUUUCGCAGCGAUCCUUCUGAACCCGUGAAAACGUACACACUUAACACCGUCACAUACGGUACUGCAUGUGCCUCUCUUUUAGCGACUCGAUCAUUACAUCAGCUCGCCGAUGAUGAGGGUAAGUCACAUCCUCGUGCCUCCAUUAUACUUAAAAGAGAUUUUUACGUUGACGAUCUGCUUACUGGUGCAGAUACGCGUCAUGAGGCUGAGAUUAUUCGCGAUGAAUUAAAUAGCAUAAUAAAAAAGGGUGGCCUCAACUUGAGGAAAUGGGCUUCUAAUGACCCUACUUUUAUACUUGAUUGUGAUGCCCAUCCCAGCAUCACAAACAUGUCGCUUAAUCCAGAUACCACAAUCAAAACAUUGGGUACUCAUUGGAAUGCUAAGGAAGAUGCUAUAUUCUACAGUGUAAGUAAGAUCAAAGCUACAUCAGUCACUAAGCGCAGCAUCCUAUCGGAAAUAGCGCAAUUGUUUGAACCCCUCGGUCUAUUGGGUCCGGUUAUCCUGCAUGCUAAAAUAAUAAUGCAAUCAUUGUGGAAAGCCGGUGUCAAUUGGGACGAAUCCGUCCCCCAUGAAAUUCAUACCGCUUGGACAUCUUAUCGAGAGCAACUUCCCCUAAUCGAAGCUUUGCGGUUCAACCGAUGCAUUACCAUAGCCGGCUCCACUGAUGUACAGUUACACGGCUUCAGUGACGCUAGCGAGAAGGCAUAUGGUACUUGUCUAUAUUUGCGCUCUACUGACAAAAAUGGCGCGGUUCACGUUCGACUGAUAUGCUCCAAAUCUCGAGUUGCUCCUGUUAGUUCAAUCUCGUUGCCUCGCCUGGAGCUUUGCGGCGCUCUUCUUCUUGCACGGCUCUUAAGGGUAGUCAAGCAAGCCUUAUUAAUUAAUAUAAACGAGUGUUAUUUGUGGUCAGACUCGACUAUAACACUACAUUGGCUUAAUACUGCCCCACAUCGUUUAAAAACUUUUGUCGCUAAUCGCGUUGCCGAGGCGCAGCGAUUAACUCCAUCUUGUCAUUGGAGGCAUGUGGCUUCCCUAGAUAACCCUGCAGAUCUUGUAUCUCGAGGCCAAACCCCUUCCGAGUUUGUCCUAGGGUCCUUAUGGUCAAUGGGACCGUCCUGGUUGAUUGGUGAUCAAGAGUCAUGGCCCAAAACUAAUUUAUCGGCCAUUGACACUCCAGAAUUAAAACCAAUCAAGCUUGUAGGUCUGACUUGCUUUAAAUUAGAAUUACGGGGGCACUCACUGAUUGAGCGUUACGAGUCUAUCGAUAAAACGGUUCGGAUCAUUGCAUAUGUUUUACGGUUCUUUAAUAAUUUAAAACGCGAAAAAUCUUUACGAAUAUUUAAUCAGCUAGAGUCAUCUGAAAUGUCAGCAGCGCUGGAGGCAAUAAUUAAAAUGGUUCAAUCAUCAGCCUUUUCAAAAGAAAUUAAUCAUUUAAAAAACGGGAGUCUUAUUUCAGAUAAUAGUCGUUUAAUACCCCUAAAUCCUUUUCUUGAUUCUACGGGGAUUCUUCGAGUCGGUGGCCGACUUGCUCAUUCGGAAUUACCGGAGGGUCAACGCCAUCCCAUAUUACUACCCUCAAAUCAUCACAUCACGCGAGUUAUCAUAAGAGCCGAGCAUGUAAAGUUACUCCAUGCCGGCGCUCAAAGUACGUUAUACUCCGUUCGACAAACUUAUUGGCCGUUAGAUGGCCGCAAUGUCACGCGAAAAAUUAUACAUCAGUGCGUAACUUGCUUUCGGGUCAAGCCUCGCGUAGCUGAUCACCCGAUGGGCGAAUUACCUUCAUAUCGCGUAUCUACAGCGCGUCCUUUCCUUCGCGUAGGCGUCGAUUAUUGCGGGCCGUUAUACAUCAAAGAAAAACGUCAUCGCAAUCGACAAAGACUAAAGGUUUACGUGGUGGUAUUCGUCUGUAUGGUUACAAAGGCGGUGCACCUCGAAAUCGCGAGUGAUCUCACAAGUGAGACCUUUAUCGCGGCUCUAAAACGCCUGUUCUCUAGACGUGGAAAGUCUACCGACAUUUUUUCGGAUAACGGUACUAACUUUGUAGGUGCCAAUCGUGAGCUGGAGGAAGCUUAUAAUCUCGUGCAAUCCACAGAAUAUAAAAACUCCAUACAGAAAUAUGCUCAAAAGAAAAAAAUAAAGUGGCAUUUUAUCCCUCCCAGAGCCCCUCAUUUUGGAGGACUUUGGGAGGCUGCCGUUAAAUCCUUUAAGCACCAUUUAGCACGCACCGUGGGUGACACAUUACUCAUAUAUGAUCAACUUGAAACAUGUAUGAUAGAAACCGAGGCAAUUUUGAAUUCUCGCCCUAUAUCUCCCAUGUCCUCGGAUCCCAACGAUCCUCUUCCUUUAACUCCCGGUCAUUUUCUUAUCGGUGGUCCUCUGACGAGCUUCCCAGAAGAAGAUUGGACUGACACAAAUUCGAAUCGUCUGUCCGCAUGGCAACAUGCGCAACAAAUCAAGCAGCACUUCUGGAAACGGUGGUAUAAGGAAUACCUCCAUCAGCUCAUUAAUCGCCCAGGACAGUCAAAGGGGCACAAUAACCUGCAGGCUGGCACCCUAGUGCUAAUUGCCGAAGACAAUCUACCUCCUCUGCAGUGGCUUCUCGGGCGCAUUAGCGCGAAGUCAUUGAAAGUGAUUGGUCAAAAAUCGCCAUGUUCACUGGUAUUACGAUAUACUUACACGAUGUAG